GAGAGGCCGCCUGCGCCCGUGCUGCAGCCGUGGGUCUCCGUCAGGAGGUACCACCCUGUUGGCAGGCUCGACAGAGACUCCACCGGGCUGCUUAUCUCGAAGCAGCGACGGCGUGCUGACGAAUGAGCUGCUGGACCCGAGCCCCAGCAUGCCGCGCGUCUACGAGGUGACGGUGGACGGCGACGCCACCGCCGUGGAGAGGGACGGCAAGGACCUGCGCCAGCUGCUCCGCGACGGCGUCCUGAUCACCCAGGGCAUCUUCAGCGGCAACGUCCACGACGUGCGGAGGCUGGCCCCCGAGGGCCCCCCGCGCUCGAAGGUGACGCUGGAGGUGUUCGCGGGCAAGUACCACCAGGUGCGGAAGAUGCUCUACAGCGUCGGGCUCCCCGUCCUGGAGCUCUGCCGCGUGCAGCACGGGGAGCUCCGGCUGGGGGGCCUCGGGCUGGGCGAGCUCGCGCGGCCCUCGCCGCAGGAGGCGCGGUGGGCGGCCGAGCUGGCCCCCGGGCGGCGGCGGCAGCAGCCGCGCCCCGAGGAGGCGAAGCCGCGGGCUCCGGCGGCCGACCCGAAGGAGAUGAUGAAGGAUAUGCUGAGGCGCUCGCUGGGCUGA